UUCAUCUCACAAUAGAUACACAUUGAAACCACCGGAGAGAGAGAGAAAGAGAGAGCGAUUAUGGCGGAGGGGCAAUCCCCGGAGAACUCACCGCCGGCUCCUCCUCCUCCUACUCCCUCUUCCAACGAUCAACAAACAGCAGCUCCUCCUCCUUCCGACAAUCAACAAACAACAUCUCCUCCUCCUCCAUCUUCACCUGACCUAGCUUCUCCACCUCAACAACAACAAGAAUCACCACCUCCUCCUUCACCGGAAAAUUCAUCUGAUGGUUCUUCCUCUUCGCCUCCACCACCGCCGUCUGACUCCUCCUCACAAUCACAAUCUCCACCUCCUCCUUCUUCACCGUCCCCGCCGCAGCAAAGUGACAACAAAGGAAACGAUGGGAGCAGCGGUGAUGGAGGAAACAAGAACCCUUCCCAUACUCCUCCACCACCGUCUAAGACUUCCGACCGUAGCUCCCCCUCGGCACCAAAAUCGCUGGCUCCACCUUCAAGAGAGGGUGGCUCGAAUUCGUCAAGUAACGAUGGUCUGAACAUUGGUGCUGUUAUAGGACUUGUGGCUGCAGCUGGAUUUUUGUUCCUUGUCAUGAUCUUGCUAUGUGUCUGUUGUCUUCGGAAGAAGAAGAAGAAAUCAAAGCUUGAUCAGAUGCCGUAUUACGGAAGCAAUGCUUACGCCGCUGGCAAAACCGGGAAUGAUCAAUAUUUUAAUAGUGUUGCUACACAACAACAACAUUACAACCAAGAUGUUGCUACACAACAACAACAACACUACAACCAAAAUGAUCACAUUGUGAAUCUGCCUCCACCUCCGGGAUCAAUAGGAACAAAUUGGGUGAAUUCACCGCCGCCACCACCACCUUCAGGAAACUGGCAGCCAAUGCCGUCACCACCAGCACCAAUGUCAGGAGGCGUAAAUGUUAUUCAGAGCGGCGAGAUGGGCUCAAAUUUCUCAUCAGGUCCAUACGCUCCAUCUCUACCACCGCCUCACCCUUCAGUGGCCUUGGGAUUCAACCAAAGCACAUUCACUUACGAGGAGCUCGCUGCCGCAACUCAAGGUUUCUCAAAAGACCGUUUGUUGGGACAAGGCGGGUUCGGUUAUGUUCACAAAGGAAUCUUGCCUAACGGUAAGGAGAUCGCGGUGAAGAGCCUUAAAGCUGGAAGCGGGCAAGGCGAUAGAGAAUUCCAGGCAGAGGUUGAGAUCAUUAGCCGCGUUCAUCAUAGACAUCUUGUGUCUCUUGUUGGAUAUUGCAGUAAUGCUGGAGGACAGAGGCUGUUGGUCUAUGAGUUUCUCCCUAAUGACACACUUGAGUUCCACCUUCAUGGGAAAAGUGGGACUGUGAUGGAUUGGCCAACGAGACUCAAGAUUGCCUUAGGAUCAGCAAAAGGUCUUGCUUAUCUUCAUGAAGAUUGUCAUCCUAAAAUCAUUCAUAGAGACAUUAAAGCUUCAAACAUUCUUCUUGACCUUAACAUGGAAGCCAAGGUUGCAGAUUUUGGUUUGGCUAAGCUUUCUCAAGACAACAACACACAUGUGUCGACUAGGGUCAUGGGAACAUUCGGAUACUUAGCUCCUGAAUACGCAUCGAGUGGGAAACUAACAGAGAAAUCAGAUGUUUUCUCUUUCGGAGUUAUGCUUCUUGAGCUCGUAACCGGGCGUAGACCGGUUGAUCUAAGUGGUGAGAUGGAAGAUAGUUUGGUCGAUUGGCGAGGAGAUGCACACUGGAGGAAGCACUAA